CUGCCACUAGGCUGGAGAAAAUGGAAUGGUUGCUAGAAGGCCUGCUUAGAGCUAACAGAGAUAUGGGACUUCUCCAAGACCAGCUGACCCAUGCUCUGGCCUGCAGGCACUGUAGCAGCAGUAUCUGCCUCCAAAGUCCAGGGAAUCUGGUGAUACUAUUCUUGUUUAUGGUUUGGCAGAUCCGAAGAUGGUGGCAGCUUGUAGGACAGCAACAGCUUCAGUCCUGGUGCUCUGGAGAUAAAAUGAUGCAAGGCAAGGGCCUACAACUUCUGUACCAUUUGGCCUUCUUUGAUUGCAUGUGGAAGCAAAAAUCAGAGGAAGAGGAGGAAGACGAGGAAAAGAAGGAAGAAGAAUUCUUAUCUCUGGAUCCACUAAAACCAUACUAUCCUUCCAAAGAUACUCCUGUUGGAAAUGGAUUCUCUACAGCCCCACCACAGCCAUCCUGUAGUUCUGGGGGCCUCCCCAAGGCCACAGAAACACGAGAACAAGUACUCACACAAGCCCCAAGCCCUUCCAGAUCCUUCCCUACCUCCCAGAUCCUGACCAACAUAUCUGUGAGGAACAAGAUAGCUUCAGGGAGUUUCCUGCAGCAGAAAAAAAGCCAGCUCUUCUGGGGUCUUCCCUCUCUACACAGUGAGUCCUUGGAGACUAUUUUCCUGAGCUCAGAUGGCCCCUCUCCACUAAAGUUGUCUAUUUGUCCUUCUGACUUCAACAAAGUUCCCUUCCUACCUGUGUAUAACCUGUUGCUUCCCUAUAACCACUCCUCAACUUACUAUCCGACAUUUCAAGGCCAUGCUUUGGAAAAUCUGAAAGAAAUAGCACCCAGUUCUCAGCUAGUUCAACCUCCACCUUCCCCCCCUAUCCCACCGGUAUCCCCCAAUCUUAAGCCUUUGCUUAAGGGCUGCAGGAGAAUCAUACCUAACACCAAGGCAUACACACAGUGGUUUACACAGAACACAGAGGUUCCUUGCGUCUCUGAGAAUCAAGCCCUUUACCUACAGCCUGAACUCCAACAAAUCAGAUCCUCCACAUUCUUAAACUCAUCUGAGGUCUGGAGGGAGAUGCCAGGGGACCCUGGCCUCCAUCAAGACAAUCCAGAACUACCUUCUAACCCUCAGGAAGUCCUAGACAGGUUUGAGAUGCCACGGAUAACCAUGAGACAAAAUGAACACCCAAAAGCCUCUGAAACUGCAAUGAUAACUGCAACCCCACUCCCAACUUCCCUGACAGAAUGCCAGAGAGUCAACCCCACAGGAGACCUGUCUCAACUGAAAACUUCCUGGGAAACCACAGUUCAAAAAGAGAACCCUCAGAUCUUUGAGCUUCCAAUCUCAGCCCCUUGCAAACUCACAGUACCCAUGACUGAAGGAACUGGCCCUCCAGGAACUUCCCCUGGAUAUGAAGCUCAGUGGGGAAUCAUAGUACAGAAAGACAUUCUCCAAGCUUUUGAUCCCUUAAUGUCACCUUCCUGUCAACCAUCAGGUUCUCUGUCAGAGGUAAAACACUUUAACCCCAAAGAAAGACUUUCUGCACCUAAGGACCUCAGGGAAAACAUGGGAUACAGAGAGAAUCCACCUGUUUCUAAGUCUCCAGUGUCAGCCCCCUACCCUCCUCUAGACACCCUGUCAGAACACCAGAAAGAGAAUCCCCUAGAGGAUGUGUCUGGAUUUAAGCCUCAAUGGCAAUGCAAAGACAACUCAGGCAGUCCAUGGGCCUUAGAAACUCCAACCUUGGACUUAAACAUGGGGUUCUAUGAAACCAUUCCUAUGUGUGUCCCAUUGGGAUCUGAGACUCAAUUGAAGGGUACAGAAAAUCCCUGUGCUUGUGCCAACCUAGUUUCACCUCCUAGCCUUCCCUCUGCCUCUCUGCCAGACUCUGCGAUGAUUGGCUCCCAAAGAAUCUUAUUAGAGUCUAAGGCUUUAUGGGAGACAAAGGAGCAGAAAAAACAUCUGUGGGUAUCUGACUCCCCAUGUCCCCAUAUAUCACCUCUAGUCCUCUUUAUAGAACCACAAAGAAUCAAUUCUGUGGAUGACUUCCCUAGAUCAGAAGCUACAGGGAAUACAAAAAAAUGUUUGUCUUCUGAGCCUCCAUUUCUGAACCUCAACCCAUCCCUAGAUCUUGUACAGCAACCCCUUAGAGUUAGCUCCAUAGAGAACCCAUUUAAAUGUAAAGCUUGGUGUGGGGACAUUCAAAGAAAAAAUAACUUCUUGACCUCUGAGCUUCCAGCUCAAAGCUUAUCCCAACACCCACUUGGACCCAAACCCGCAGGAGUCUCAUCUAACUCUGAGCCUGCUAGAGGGUUCAUGAAGCAGAAUGAAAACCAUUGUGUUUCUGUAUCCCCAGUUUGGGAAUCCAGUACACCUCCAAACUCUGUUUUGAAGUUUCAUAUAAGUGAGCCUUCUGGAGAACAGUGUGACUAUAAGCCUAUGGACUCAGUAGAAGAGCAGACAAAGGAUUCCUGGGCCAGCUUUUUCUCUGCUCUGUCACAAGAGCUACAUUCUGAAACUGAGUUUAUAUGUAGAAAUGUACUAGAAAGAGAAGCCUCCCAGGGUCCCAAUCCUCCAGUAGUGAAUCCUCUACAACCAACAUCCUGGCCUAUCCAGCCUGGCCUCCAGAAGGAAGAGAUGUUCUCAGAAGCCAAGGCAGAUGCCCCAUUCUCCCAGGGUGAGGGUGUCUCAGAGGUGUAUGACCAUCCUGUGAUCCAUGCCUGGCAAUGGAGUAGAGAACUAAAGCUCAGACUGAAGAAACUACAGCAGAGCUCCACUUUCAAAUCCCCAGGUUCACAACACUCAUUUUGCAGCUUCCCAGUUCUUAACCUAAUUCCAGAAUCUUGGGGACUUUCCUCCUCCCCCCAACAGACUCAUCCUCUCAGACUGCACCCCUGCUCUUCAAGUCGUCAUCCCCCAAAAGUUCAAAGGGCAGAACCCCUGACUGUCCAGGCCCCUCAUUGUUCCCACUCCUCUUCUCAGCCUCAGAUACAAGCUUCUGGUAGAGCAGAACAGGAGUUUCAGAAAAAUAAGAGGAAGAAAUGGAAGGCAAUGGUCCAAACUCCAUCUCCAGGACAUGGUCAUAUUAAGGGUGAUGAAAACUGUUCAGGAAUGGGAGAACCCUCAAAUACAGGGGUUCUGCUCUCUGGUAAGAGACAAGACAAGACUUUAGUACUAACUUCAACCCAAAAGAAAGGGAGUUCCAGAAAAUCCAAAGCAGAGAAAUGUGAAAGGAUUGCAAGGAAAAACAACCCUGCCCAGGCCUGCAGACCAGCAGAGGCCUCUAUACCAGAGUUUUCUAAAAAGUCUCAGUAUAAAGCUCAGAGUUCUCCACACUCUGCUCUUGCUCAACAGCUUCUCCCAAAUGCUGCUGGUCCCCAGGAUCGGCAAAGGACAGGCCUGGUGGCUGGUGAUACCCAGAAUCCUUUCCCUUGUAUACACUGUCCUUGGAUCCUGAUGAAGAAGCAGCUCCCAUCCCCCUCACCCAAGGCUCCCCCUACCAGAGGUUUCCAAAAGUUCUUAAAUAAGUUUCUAGGUGUCCAUAGACCCCUGCCAACCAAAUCCAGUCAGUAAAGUAUGGCAAUACUGGCACCCAGUAUCCCAUAACCCAAACCAAAUCAGGUGUGGGUUGGGAAAUAGAGACAAAUAGAGAAAAGCCUAAUAAAGUAGUUCAACUAG